AACAAAACAAGUCUGUCAUGUGAUUUUCUGCUCGUGCCCGUAUUUGCAUCUUGUCUAGUGUGUCACAAAGCUAGCUAUUAGCUAGAUAUAAAGGAUAUUCAACAGUGUUCAAAGAAGGUUUCUCCACGCAGAGCGGCCUGGAUACCACGACCAUACAUCGGCUAACAUGGCUGAUGAUUUGAAGAGAUAUCUGUACAAACAGCUGCAGAGUGUUGAAGGUCUUCAUGCUAUCGUCGUGACAGACAGGGACGGUGUCCCCGUUAUCAAAGUUGCCAAUGACCUCGCGCCGGUCCAGGCUCUGAGGCCCGGCUUCCUGUCCACUUUUGCUCUGGCCACCGAUCAGGGCAGCAAGCUCGGCCUCUCCAAGAACAAGAGCAUCAUCUGCUACUACAACACCUACCAGAUUGUGCAGUUCAAUCGGCUACCACUGGUCAUCAGUUUCAUCGCCAGCAGCAACGCCAACACAGGGCUGAUCUUGAGUCUGGAGAAGGAGUUGGCUCCACUAAUAGAGGAGCUGAGGCAGGUGGUGGAGGUGACAUAAGCUCUGACAGACGGCACCACCCAUCAUCACAUAGUGGUGCAUUCAGGGCCCGUGUGAACACUUGUCUGUAUCUGUUUACAACAUGGUUGGACUUUCCGCUUCACUUUUUUGUUCUGUUGACUUUGCUUUCUUCUAUUUUCUGUAGAUAUUAGAUGCUUCUCAUCAGAGUUUAUAUGACAAAUGUAAUGUGGAGGAAUCUGAAUAAAUGUCACUUUUAGCACCUG